AUCAGAUUCCACUUCUUUUUGUCUCUCUCUCACUCUCGUUUCGAACCAGGGCAAUCAGAAAUCUAUAAAUACCUCCGCUUUACGAUCACUCUUCACCGCUCUCAUCGCCGCCGUAACAGUAUUCCUAUUCCUCUCUCUCCCUCUCCCUCUCCCUCUCUCUAAGAUGUCCAACCGACACGCCCACAGCAAGCACGACGAAACCAAGGGUUUUACCAAACCCCAAUACCAAAAGAAGUUCGUCCCAAAGACCGCCACCUCCACGCCGACGCAGUCCCAUGCAGCCAAUCCGACCCUCUCCAACUCCCUCAGACAAUCCGUUCCUCGCCCGCCGGACCCCGCAGCCGCAUGGAGCGGCGGCAAUUUCGUGAAUUACUUGCCCCAGGACGAGGCGGUCGCAGCGGGUCUCGGUGCCGACGAGGGCGGGUUGGAUCCCGUGGAGUCGCAGCGAGUCGUCGAUCAUUUGAACGGAGAGUUGUCCCGGUUGCUUAAGUUGAGCCCUAAGGAGUUCUGGAGAGAAGUGGCUAAAGAUUCUUCCUUGCAUGGGUUUUUGGAGAGCUUCCUGCAAUUUAGGAGUAGGUGGUAUGAUUUUCCAUAUCGUGGAGUAAAAGGAAUAGUUGCAGGGAUCAUUGUGGGGGAAUUUGAACUUAGCAAGCGUGUUUUCAUGGUGUUAUACCGCAUAUCUUCCAAUCGGGAUCCUGGUGCUAGGGCUGCUGAUAGUCUCAGCCCAAAAGAUCAUGCAGUUCUUUUGCAGGAAACAAACUUGCUAGAUAUGCCGAAGUUGUUAGAUAUAUGUGCCAUAUUUGGUCAUGAAAAUGAAGAUCUAGCCAGAUCAUUGGUUGAGAAUGCUUUGAAGGCCCAGCCUGGGAUCCAUGAUAAUUUCACUGCUGCGGUGUCUCAUUUCCUGAAAAUUGUCCACACAAUGGAUCAGCGUUGCGGUGCAUCUUUAGAGGCCCUAUUUUCUUCUCAUGGUCGUGAAGAUCAAGGAUCCAAUCGUCUUCAUGCAGGUUAUAUGGAGGUAAUGGACUUCAUCAAUGACGCUAUUGUUUCCAUGGAUGCAUUUGUUAGUGCAUACAAGCCGGCAGCUGUCUUUUUCUCCCACCCUGUUGAAAUGAGUUUCGGAAAUGAGGAUUUGCUUAGUACCCUUGCAAGACUACAUGAUUCGCUGCUUCCGUCUUUACAAAAGGGUUUCCGUAUCAUUUUCACGAAAGGAGACGAAGGACUUCAAGAAACAUCUAGUGAUAUGCUUUCUCAAGUCACUCUAAGUUUGAAGAUGUUAUCAAUGAGAAUAGUGAAAUUUGGCUGGAAAUUACUGGAUGUUUGCUAUCUUAAUCAUGAAGUGUUUGAAGGAAACUUCCCUCUUCCAGCUCUCACUAAGAUGUUCCCCGCAAAAGUAGAGGAUCCUGUCAUAAGGGCAGACAUUUUGGUUCAAACUUUUAGGGAGCUAAGUGGAGGGUAUUCGCAUGUUCAGGAGGGCCAGAGCAGAGGAACCUUUCUGCAAAAUGUUGAGAAGAAUCACAAAAUUAUGGAGAGAAUUGAAUUUUUGCAUAGUACAGUAUGGAUUUCAAUGGAUGGAGAACAAUUCCAGUAUCUUUCUGGAAUCAUGAGCUAUCCUAGGGAAACCAUUACUAAGGAGAGACCUCCUGUGCCUAGCGCUCUGGCAAACACUAAGUUGCUGGUGGACGAAGACUCUGCAGUUGUCGAGUCCAAAAUCAGUCAAAUAAAAGAUCUUUUUCCUGACUUCGGUAAUGGCUUCUUAUCUGCUUGUCUUGAAGUCUAUAACCAGAAUCCAGAAGAGGUGAUUCAGAGGAUUUUGGAAGGAACGCUCCAUGAAGAUCUACAGUCACUGGACACAUCACUUGAGAGUGCUCCACCUCCUAAGUCAGCUUCUUUGAGCCGGAAGGAUAAAGGAAAAGGAAAAUUAGUGGAGUCAGUGCCACCGCCAAGGCCAGCUACAAAUGUGAUCCCUGCAUUAAGAGAGCAACAAAGUAAGGGCCCUUCAGUUUCAUCAUCAUCUUCAGUUGGGAGGUUUGUAAGAAAAUCUACAAUCUCCUCGCAUGAUUCUGAGACUUUAGAGUCCUCUAGAGAUGAAAUGGUUGUGGGGAAAACUGCUGCCCUAAUCUCGCAACUACAACUCGAGUAUGAAGAUGAGUACGAUGACUCUUUUGAUGAUUUGGGUUUCAGUGUUGCCGACUCAGGGGUGGAAGAAACUGAAACACUGGGAGAGAAACUAAAUUCUAGUCGGGGGAAACCAUGGGAAACAGAAACUGGAAGCUCUGCUCAGAGUGCUUCUAAUUCUAAUAAAUGGGGCUCGCGGAAAACCCCUCAGUUCUAUGUUAAGGAUGGAAAGAACUACAGUUACAAAGUUGCGGGCUCCAUUGCGGUUGCCAAUUAUAAUGAAGCGGCUGUACUUAAUCAAGCCCAGAGGGAAAUGAUCCAUGGGCUUGGACGUGGCGGUAACCUUCCUUUGGGUGCAGCUAAGAGGUGGACAGAAUCGAAUGAGGAGAGGGAAGAGGAGGAGGAGGGCGAUGGUGAUAAUAAUGAGGUUGGAGGUAGAGGGAAUCGUGGAAAUCCGAGGGGUAGAGGAGGGAGGAGAGGAGGGGGACGAAACUUCAAUAGGAAAGAUAGGGCGAUGAAGAAGCACUUCAGUGGAGUUUCUGGUUUUUAGGCAUGCAGAGGAGAGAAUAGAAUUUGUAUUUGUUUUGCAGAUGAGAAUUUUUUCAAAUUGGAUUACAGUCUAUACAUAUAGGGCUAUUAACAACUGUCCUGUCAGUUGUUUAUGUUGCCGUCUCACCGCCAACAUCAUAUAGGGCUAUUAACAUCAUAUGACCUGUCGGUGGUUGUGGUCUUUUCUUCUUUUCCCUUUUCAGAAGCUCUAGAAUUUAACUUAGAGCAUCGUUUUCGACUUUUUGUCAUAUAUAGUUGCAGUGUCGUGCUGGAAAAAAGGGAUUUCAUUUUGUGUGGAUGAAAAGAGUUUGUUCUUGGUCUUCUGUGUUAUGUAUCGCUCGAGUCAUUGAAGUUCAUUAAGCGAAGUUUGUGCAACGAAGCUUGAAAAAGAAGUUUGAAGUACAGGGAACCUCAUGAAUUCAAAUUGGUGUUAUAAUCUCUGUUGGGAAGUCAUGAAUUUCAUUUGACUGUAUUAUUGUCUGUACUAUUAUGCAUCUUUUCAUCUGAAGAGAUGUGUUCCAGAUUCUUCUUCUGUGCCAUGAAUAUAGCAUAGAUUGCCCCUUUUUCAAAUGUUCAAGCAAUUUUCCCA